AUGCCUGAUUUAUAUCACCACCACCACGGGGCUAACAAUAAUAAGAAAUUACUGGGAUUAUUAACUAGAUUAUAUGAAAAGAUUGAUGAAGUUGAUGGAUUGAAAUCUCAUUUACAAUAUGUGAGUAGGAUCAACUAUAGUGAAGAAUUAAUUAUCAUGUUUCAUGUCCAUUAUCUAAUUGCCAGAAUCUCGAGGAAUUUAUAUUCAGGUAUAAUCAAACCCAAUUCAUUAACGGUAGAUAUAUUACAAUCAUUAAUCAAACAAGCAAACACUUGGAUAAAUGAUUCUGGAUUAGAACGAAUUAAUAACCAGACUUGGAAAUUGGAGAUUUUGUUAAUGUUGAAUUAUUUCCGAUAUUUUAUGAGAUAUUUAUUAUUAUUGCAACUGGAAGAAAAUGUUGAUUUGGAUAUGAUUGAGAAUAUAAUUCCUGAGAUAUUUACGAAUUUAUAUAUGAUGAUUAAACAAUUUCAUGAAUUGGUUGAUGAUGAUAAUGGAUCUAGCCAGUGGGAAUAUUUGUUAUCUGCAAUUAUUGAACUCCUUACUCGAUCAAUCCAAUUUAUAAUUGGUCUAAUUACUCGGAUCAAAUGUGAUGAUGAAGCCGGAUUGAUUCAAGAAGCAACAUUUAGAAAACAUUGUCCAGAAAGGAUUGGGACUGAGUUUGGAUUGAAGACACCAGUUGAAUAUAUGAAUAAAAUCGUGGUUGAAGAGAUUACAAUCACGAUUAAUAAACUUGAAAAAAUUAUGAAGAAUAAAGAUCGGAUUUUUAAAUUAUCAAAAUUAUGGAAAUUUUAUUUAACUUUUAUAAGUUCUGAUAAGAUUGGGAAAUUUAAUUAUGCGAAAUUACAUGCUGGUAUUCCAGAAUUCAAUGGGGUUGGCAAGUCAGGGUUGGAAUGUCCGGUUAUAAAAGUUGAAUCUAUUGAUCAAGCCAGAGUGAGAAACACAACCACAACUUCAACUACGAAGAAAGUCUCUGCAUGUCCGAUAUCACAUAUCACUACUCCAAUGAGUGAAGAGGAAGUUAUGAAUGGUGGUGGAGGUAGUCCACGCUCAGAUAAACCCAAUGCUACCAAGAAGAGAAAAUGUCCAUUUGAUCAUAAUAACCUAUCAAGAACAAUGUCACUGUAUAGUAAUCCAAUUGAGAGUAAUAUCAGAGGUGGAGAGCAUUUUAGAAGAGCUUCAGAGAAUAAUAGUCCAGCAACACCAAUCGUGAAUGCAAAUACAUCUAGAAGUAUACUUCCCGCCCUUCCUCCAGGUAAUAAUAUGUAUGUUCCAACAACAAGUACUGGUACUACUCCAAUAUCAUUUGCUCCUUCGACUCCGAUAGGUAUGCCUGGGGCAAACAGAAUGGGAUCAAUUGAUAUUAGACCACCACCACAGGUAUUAUCUCAGCCAAUGGCAAUGGUACAACAACAGCAACAACCUCAAAUGAAUAUGGUUGAGAAUGGAAGUGGGUUUAAUAAUGAUUUAGAUAGUAUUUUUGGUGAUUUAUCUAAUCAAUUUAAUGACUUGAAUGAUUUUGAUCUUGAUUGGUUAGAUCAGAUAAGUGGAAAUAAUGGAUUUAUGAGAAGUGGUGGAGUUGGUGGGGUUGAGCAAUAUUUCCAGUGA